GAGAAGUCUAUUUCCCUCCAAAUUAGAUUUGCUGUAGGAAAGAGGUUUGCUUUCCUAAGUUCACACAGACUUCAGUUUGUAUGCGUGUGUUUGAAGUUCAGCAUCAUCGGCACAUGUUGAGAUCAUACAGAGCUCUCCAGUCUUAAACCUCACUGUAUUUAAACAGUAAAUGCUUUCAGAUCCAGUGAUGGAAGAGACCAAAUUUCGGCACUUUUAGUCUCUGUAUUAAAACUCUGGACUAAAGGUGUGAUGGACUUAAGAUCAUGUUGUUGGAGACUGAGGGGAACAAGAGAGCUUCUAUUUCUCGGCGGGGGGAGUUUCCCGCCUGAUUGGCCCGUUUUCUGUGAAUCCUUCAUCAAGCUCAGCGUAUACGAUGUGAAGGAGAGCGGCGAGCAGCAGAGCAGUUUCUUGGGAAGUACCAGCUUCUCAUUGGCCGAUCUCUUCCAGUCCAGAGAUCAGCAGCUUUCUCUCAACUUAAGAUCCACUCGAGUGUCUUCAUUGCACUGGAGUGGCGGUAUGAGGAUAUUUACUGUGUGA